GGCCACCCGGGACGUUUCCUCGCUCUGCGCUGAUUGGACCGUUGGAAGCGGCUCACUGGUGACAGCUUUGGAUUCUCGCGCUGCGCGUGCCCGGCGUCUGGGCGGUCUUGGAAGCGCGCGGCACGCGGCGGGUGGGAGUGUUUCCUGUUCCCAGCAUCCUUCGCGCGGCCUGUAUUCCUUCCUGUCCCCCCCCCACCCCCUGCAGCGGCUGACUCGGUAAAAUGGCGGCUGUGAGCCUGCGACACGGAGACCUGGUCUGGGGAAAACUGGGCCGGUAUCCUCCAUGGCCUGGAAAGAUUGUUAAUUCACCUAAAGAUUUGAAGAAACCACGAGGCAAGAAAUGCUUGUUUGUGAAGUUUUUUGGAACAGAAGACCAUGCUUGGAUAAAGGUUGAGCAGCUGAAGCCGUACCAUCCCCACAAGGAGGAAAUGACCAAAGCCAACAAGGGCAAGCGUUUCCAGCAGGCUGUGGAUGCUGUGGAGGAGUACCUGAAAAAGGUCAAAGCAAAGGAACAGAGCAAUGAAGAGAAAGGUAAAGGAACCGGUGUCAAGAAAGAGGGAAAGAACAAGAAAACCAGCACAGAACGGAAGAGGAAGUCCACAGAUUCCAGCUCUCACACACCGCAGAAAAAGUCCCGUGAACAGAGCCCACGCAAGCGCGGACGGCCCCCCAAGGAAGACAAGGACUCUGCGGUUCCUCAGCCCAGCACCUUGAAGAAGCUGGCUAUGAAAACGGUGUCUCGGUUCAGCUGGCCUCCACCAUCCAGCGAGCGAUCCAAGGAUGACCCUCACUUCCACCACUUCCUGCUCAGCCAGACCGAGAAGGAAGAAAUGCCAGGUGAUAGCUGGCUGGUUCAUGGUCACAGAACUCUCGGCACAGAAAUGAUUCUCAAAAAACCCAGUGUCACAUACCAGGCAAUCAGCAAGCGGCUCAAAGUUUCUGAAGAGGAUACCGGCUCUACGUCGAUUCAGGCAGCAGACAGCACAGCGAUUAAUGGAAACAUCACACCUACAGACAAAAAGAUUGGUUUCCUUGGCUUGGGGCUAAUGGGAAGCGGAAUAGUCUCCAACUUGCUGAAAAUGGGGCACACAGUAACUGUGUGGAAUAGGACAGCAGAGAAGAAAACCGUUGGAGGAAUUCACAGUGAAGUGUGGGAUCAAGAUGAAAGGACAAAGUGUGACUUGUUCAUCCAAGAGGGGGCUAAUUUGGGAAGAACUCCGGCUGAGGUGGUCUCUACCUGUGACAUCACGUUUGCCUGCGUGGCAGAUCCCAAAGCGGCCAAAGAUUUGGUGUUGGGACCCAGUGGCGUGCUGCAGGGGAUCCGUCCAGGAAAGUGUUACGUGGAUAUGUCGACCGUAGACCCAGAAACUGUGGCUGAAGUAGCUCAGGUGAUUGUGUCUCGAGGUGGGAGGUUCUUGGAGGCUCCUGUGUCCGGCAAUCAGCAGUUAUCCAAUGAUGGUAUGCUGGUAAUCCUGGCAGCCGGUGAUCAAGGUGUUUAUGAAGACUGCAGCAGCUGCUUCCAGGCCAUGGGCAAAGCAUCCUUCUUUCUAGGUGAAGUGGGCAAUGCGGCAAGGAUGAUGCUAAUCCUCAAUAUGGUGCAGGGCAGUUUCAUGGCGACGAUAGCUGAGGGCAUGACCUUAGCCCAAGUGACUGGCCAAUCCCAGCAGACCCUGCUGGACAUCCUGAAUCAAGGCCAGCUCGCAAGCAUCUUUCUGGACCAAAAGUGCCAAAACAUCCUACAGGGGAACUUCAAACCAGACUUCUAUUUGAAGUAUAUCCAGAAAGAUUUAAGGUUAGCGAUUGCUCUCGGCGAUUCCGUUAACCAUCCAACCCCGAUGGCGGCCGCGGCAAACGAGGUCUACAAGAGGGCAAAAGCAUUGGACCAAUCAGACAAUGAUAUGUCUGCUGUGUACCGGGCUUACAUCCAUUAGACCCUCGGUGGCAUCUUCUGAGGAUUAUAUCGCUACCUUGUUUUUAACACCUCAUCAGUCCAUCCUUGACUCCUUUUGUUAUCCUUUAUUUUAAUUUUUUUUUUUUUUUUUUCCUGACUUCUACACCACAAGCCAAAUUCUUGUGAACUGUCUACACAUCGACUUCUUUCCGGGGAGGCCUGUGGGAGAAGAAGUGGGCGCUGGACUUUCUCCAGCCUUGCACUAAAGGCGACUGCUCAUCGAGAGCUUUCAGUCCUUUUCAUUUCCUCUCUUUACUGCCCACACCAUGAAUCCCAUCUCCUGGCUUCGUCACAGCAACGCUCAGAACGUAGAAUUUAAACAGAUUUCAGUGCAUGCACAUCUCGAGGUUCUCACCACAUCUUGGUUCAAGGACAUAUGAACGUUGACUUGCAGACACCAGCAUCCUGGUUUUGACAAGUGUGUGUGUCCUCCAGAUGACUACUUUUAUUGGAAGAACCCCUCCCUAGUUGUACAGUACCCAAUAAUAUACUCUUUGCUUCCCUCCCCACAUUUCACUCACCCUAAAGUGUGUCAAAUGAAAACAAUUAAAUACUGGGCUACCUUUUCUGAUCACCUAUGUAUUGUUGCUCUGCACCCCCUUAUCACCACUCCCCUGCCCCCCCCCCCCCCCCCUCCAAAAAAAAAUUAAAAUGAACCUGAAGUUUUGCCUUUAUAAACCGUUUGUAGAACAGGUAUUUGGUUAAUCUAGCUCCUUGUAGUAACAAAAAAGAAACAGUCGUUGAUUCUUACACCAACCUUAAGUGGAUGCCCUUUGUUUUUGUUUCAUAUUUUUUUAAGAGGAGCCAGGGGUGUGUAUAUCUUCAGAUUUGCAGCAAGGAAAGUUGCCUUCUCUGAAACGUAGGUGACACAGUGUUUGGUCCUUUACAAAGUAUGCAGUGAAUACAUGUUGACCUUCACAGUCUCCAUCACUUCACAAGCAUGUUUGUCAGUGUUCACAAUGACAUUUCCCUUAAAAGGCGUAGUUUAUCUUGUUUUAUUUACACACCCUACACUUUCCAUAUGAUGUAAUGGAUAUUCGCUAGGCCCACCAUCACAUAUAUAUUCCUCGUGUAAAUUCUUCACCAUAAAUGUGGAUAGAUGUCGCUUUGAUAGCAAGUCCUUCCUAAAGUGAUAUGCACUUCCGGCUCUGAAACCAGGCUACUAACGAGCUGCACAUAAGACCAGUUAAAUGGAGCUUCCGUUUGGUUUUUUGUGACAUCUUUGCCCCCAAACUCUGCAGUUCCCACCACCAUGUGCUAUGGCCGUUCAUUUUCAAUGGCAGCUAUCUCCUCUUCCACUCUGAAAACAGCUGUUUGGCAACAAAAUAGCCUUUAUUUCUUUUUAAUAUCCUUAUUUAUUUUUUAUUAGAUUUUAUUGUGCAUUUUAAAUAGGUUUGUUUUUCGUUUAAGUGCUUUUAGUGAAAAGAAGUGCUUUCUUUAAUGUUUUGUGCAACUGUUUUCCGAUAAGCUAUAUAUAACGGCUCAUAGGCAAGGCUAAUGUAAUUAUAGCUCAAUGUGUGCAACCAUUCAUUUACGUUCAUGCUCAGAUAACGCAUUCAUUCUUGGCUUAGCAGCCCCUUCAGGACCAAGGUUAGGCAGACCUACUGAUGUAAUUGUGGUCUCAGAGGGGUUACACAUGGUUAAGGCAUUUGAUGGAUUUGGCAAUGUUGGGUAAUUUUAGGGCAGCGCUGGUGAACUUUUCCAUUUUUAAAGCAGCGGCCUACAUUUCCAUUUCAUGCACUGCCAACUAGAAGAUUGGCAAGGCAUUGUGGGAGAUGAAGUACACAGAGUUUGGAAAGACUGACCUUGACUACCUUUGAUGUUCAGGCCAAUACAGCAAUCCUUGCCUAGAAUGAACCGUAAACAUGAAGUCUGUUUAUAAACCGGUCAGUGUCUGCUUGAACACCUCUCCUCCCAGCAUUGUCAACAAAGGGUGGCUUGAUCCAGGUUCAACCAGUCCCUUUCGCUGAAAGAUGAUUUAAUUUUAGUAUGUUUUAGAGCCAUUGAUUUUUACGAACGACUUGAUACAGCUGGAACACAUUGGCACCUCUGGACCUCUAGUGAACACUGAGAAGUUGUUGGUCUUCUAGUUACAGGUUUUGAUGUGUAUAAGAAAUGCUAAAUACAUAAAAUUGCAUUUGAAAAAUCAGCUGGUGCCCAAACACAAGACCUUGUCAGAUAACAGACUGGUUCGUUAUAAAAUCUAGUGGAAUCUGACCUGUAGAUAACUAAUUACAUGUGCCGUUUGUUACCCUGCAAAAAUAAAAAGAUCUUUGGCUUAAAAUGUUUUAAAUACUACAAAUUUAUUAGGCAAGACUAAAAAGCAAUACUUAUUGGGGGUUUAAAUACUUCUACGAACAGUUCGUUCGUGUACCAACUGCAGUGAUUUACUUUAGUACAGGAUUUAACCAGGAAGGUGUUUUUUCGCUGAGAUACGGGAAUGUGUGUAUCAAUGCAAUUAGCCAAAAAUACAGGUGACCAGAAAAGAAUGCUCCGGCCUUGGCAACCCAACCUUGAUUUGCUCAGUGCGUCUGAAAAGAUAUUCAUUGCUGUAUUGUGGAAAGUGUUAAACAUUCGCUCAUACAGAUUUUUAUUGUUUUGCUUGUUUAAUAUAUUAUAUUUUUCAUACUUUUUUUUUUGAUGAUUAUCUGUUUUACCCAUGAUUUCCAAACACACGCAGAGUCCUCUUAGUCUCUCUCCAUACGCUUUCCUGCUGAUCCAGUUGCAAUUUACUGAAUAACAAAGUUUUGAAUUC